AUGAUGUUACGAGUAUACCCUGAUGAUCAUUUAACUUUAAUCGAUAAUGUAGACCCAACGUCAGUCAUAUCUGAAAUAAAAGCAACAAGAAUAAGUGAAGUAGAAUCGUGGAUACUGGCAACUCCUACAGUAGUGUUGAGGAAAAGGGAGAUAAGAGAUCGUGAAGAGUUAGAAGAUGUUAAGGAGGAUUUGAUUGAUUUGCCGCUGGAGACAGAUACGAGUAAUGAGACGUUGUUGUUCAAACGAGAGAUAAUAAAACCAGAACAGCAGCCACCUGUGCAAGUGCACAUACAGAAUAUUACUGAAUCGCCAGAAACCGGUAGCGUUCAAAUAGUAUACGUGGUCCUUGUUGGUGGUCGGGCAGUGCCUGCUGCAGUAGCAGCAAGAGACAUGCGCCUCGUGAGAGACGCAGAAGUGGCAAGGGAGCUGGGAGCAGUUGUCACUACUAAGGCUGAGCCAGCGUACCUGAAGGCAGCCGAAGGUCUGGAGGGUGAGGCGGAGACAGGAGGCGUCCACGGAACCGAGCUUUGGGCCCUCGCAGUGGGAGCCGUCGUGGCAGUACUACUGCUGCUAGUCCUCUUGGCUUUGCUGUGUCUGGCACAUAGGAGGAAAGCAAUCAAAUCAGCAGCUUCUCUACGAGCGUACAGGAACGAGAUGUUACGAGAAGCGGAACGCAAUCAGUUGAAACAAGUUCAUGAAGAAAAGGAUGGGCGAUUGAUCAGCGUAGUUUCUCCAAGCAGGACAAGACCUAGCAGUACCUUACUACCAAUUUACAGAGCUGGUAGUGCUUCAAGUUCCUCAACAACCUCGUCUGGAGUAUCAGAAGUAGCAGCAGCUAUACGCCGAAGACAGAAGAAGCCCCAUGCAUUACGAAUGCCUCAAAAGAAAAGAGUGGGCACUACAGACAGUUUGCUGGAAGCAGCAGGUGUUGAUAGCUCGGAUAGUCAGGCAUCAGCGCCGCACACACCUACCUCAUAUCUUUCGAUGCCAUCAGUCAACUCCUUCCCAAGGGGCAAUAUCGUUGAGCCACUAUCCCGUAUCCUGGAACCAGUAUCGGUGCGUCAUCUGGACAUAGAUUCGCCGUUGUCCAGUCCAAAGCAAAAGACUGACCGGGCCCAGGACAAAACCAAGGAUGUGGUGCAAAGGCGACAGAUGCCUUCACAACUGGUGCGGCUCGGAAGCAUAGAUAAGGACCCAGGAGUCAUCGGGCCUUUGGUAUGGGAUCUCCACUGCCAGAGGAUCAAAGAUGCAUCAAAGCCAUCCAGUCCCACCAAGUCUGGAGGCAAGCCCGUCCCGUCCCGCAUGAGGCAGCGUUUCAACGAGCUUAUGGAUGACGCGUUUACGCUGUUUGGAAGUGCCUCGGGACAGUCUCGGGACACGCCAGGCGAAUCUGAGAGGGACAGCGGAGACAAGCUUAAGAAGUCAGAUACAGAGCAACUAGCCCAGGCAAGGAACGACAACGUGCGCCUUCCGGGCUCUCCUUACACGGCCCUUGACACUGUGAGGGGACGAUCAGCUGGCAGUGGAAGAGGUGGCACUCAACCAGCAGAGGCGACCGCUAGCGUGCGCCCACGCACAUCGUUCACGCGGCCGGUAGCCGAGCGUAGGGCUCCGCCCCCCGCCAGGGCUUGGGGGCCCACGCCGCCACACUCGCUGACCGGAGUGGCAGGUCGCGUCCCCGCAGUCAACCCUUCCUUGGUCCUGUCUGAAGGCCGCCUCGCACCGGAGGACCCUGCUAUCCCGCUCAUCUCCGCAAUAAAGAGCGAGAUACAACGCAUCAGGGAACACGCACAUAAACCUGACACGUAA